GCGGCGGCGGAAAAACAGAACCUCUGGAAUGGAUGGACUCUUCCCGAGCAGCUUUGCUAACUUGCAGCAGCUGAGCAAUGUUCCUCAUUAAUAUCUGUCUGUCAGCAUAAUCGUCACAUCAUUUCACUCUGGUGGCAGGGACUCAGCUCUGAAUUCUGUAUAGAAAAAGCACCUGGAUCCCAGUCUUUCAAUGGCUUCGAGACAACCAGAAGUGCCUGCUCUUGAGCCUAGUGGGCCUCUAGGCAAGAUGUCCCUGCCCAUCGGGAUGUACCGCUGGGCAUUCAGCUAUGAUGAUGCCCUCGAGGACCCUACGCCCGUGACUCCUCCUCCAUCGGACAUGGGCAGCAUCCCCUGGAAGCCAGUGAUUCCAGAGCGCAAGUAUCAGCACCGCGCCAAGGUGGAGGAAGGAGAGGCCAGCGUCUCAUCCCGUGCCCUGCCAUCGGCCAUUGAUGGUACGGACAAGGCCCCCGUGGUGAAGGCUAAAGCUACCCAUGUCAUCAUGAGUUCUCUGAUCACAAAACAGACCCAGGAGAGCAUUCAGCGUUUUGAGCAACAGGCAGGGCUGAGAGAUGCUGGCUACACACCCCACAAGGGCCUUACCACCGAGGAGACCAAGUACCUUCGAGUGGCAGAAGCACUCCAUAAACUAAAGCUCCAGAGCAGAGAGAUAACAAGAGAGGAGAAGCAGCCGGCCUCCACCCAGUCCACCCCAAGCAGCAGCCCCCACUCGUCCCCUAAGCAGAAGCCCAGAGGCUGGUUCACUUCUGGUUCUUCCACAGCCUUACCUGGCCCCAAUCUUAGCACCAUGGAUUCUGGAAGCGGGGAAAAAGACAGAAGCUCGGCAGAUAAAUGGAGCCUCUUUGGACCAAGAUCCCUCCAGAAGUCUGAUUCAGGAGGUUUUGCCAUCCAGGCCUACAAAGGAGCCCAGAAGCCUUCUCCAAUGGAACUGAUUCGCACGCAGGCCACCCGAAUGGCCGAGGAUCCAGCAGUGUUCAAGCCACCCAAAAUGGACAUCCCAGUGAUAGAAGGGAAGAAACAGCUGCCGCGGGCCCACAAUCUAAAACCGCGGGACUUGAAUGUUCUCACACUCACUGGCUUCUAGAGCUCUUUCUGUUCCAGGGACUCUGGAUAGAGGUGUCUUGAGCCCAGCUCCCCUUUACCUUGGUUCUGACAUAGGAAAAGUUUUGUUUUCUCUUUUUAAAAAUCUCUCAAACUGAGGCUAGAGCUGGAGACAUAAUUGGUUUUUGAGAAACAUUAGUGCAAAGCUUGUCCUUGUGUGGAAGAAGCCAUUUUGUACUGCUUUAAUUUAAAGUUAGACUAAACCUCAGCAGUGAUGUAUGGGGACCUCAUUAACUAUUUUUGUAUCAUUUACCCUACACAAGAACUUUGAUCAUUACUUACUAGGUAAAUAAUAUUUGUGUUGUUCCAAAACCAAGGCUUCUUGAUUCCUUUACCACUGUCCACAUGCGCCUGGACAAAUCAUGGC